AUGCCAAAGAAACCGGACGCACCCAAAGAAGCGGAAGCACCUAACAAACCGGAAGCAACAAAGAAUCCAGAAGUAUCAAAGAAUCCAGAAGUACCAAAGAAUCCAGAAGUACCAAAGAAUCCAGAAAAUCCAGAAGUACCAAAGAAUCCAGAAGUACCAAAGAAUCCAGAAGUGCCAAAGAAACCGGAAGCACCGGGGAAACUGAAAUUACCUUGGUCACAGAAAUUACGCAAAAAACCAUAA